CAUGCGUGUUUAGUGGACUUGGAAUAAGUUUGUGUGAAAUAGGCCUGGGCUUGGUAUAUUUAUGGUACAUUUAUAUCAUUUCAAACCUUUUCCUGAAAGGAAAGAACAUAAUGACAGCAGUUUGGCAGCAAGUGCUUGCUUUAGAUGCAAGAUACAAUAAUUACAGAGCUCCAAAUAAUCCAAACUUUAGAACUCAGUACAUCAGGCGACGCAGUCAGCUACUCAGAGAAAAUGCUAAAGAAGAGCAUAAUCCUUUCAUUCGUAAACAAUACUUGAGAAUUCGUAGUCAACUUCUGGCACAGAGAUAUGGAGUGACUAUUGAUCAAACGAGUAUUCGAAGUCGUAGUCUCGGGGCUCGGAGCAGUAGUAGAGCAACACUGGAGAAACCUGAAUCCCUAGAUGGUCGAGGAGAAGUUCGUAAAGGACUGCACAAACUCCCUGAUCAUGUGACUGAAGAAGGACUUGUCCCAACUUAUGCUGCUGAGGCCAGCAAGUAAUUUGGAAAUUAAUAGUG